CCAAGUGGUACCUUCUCACUCCUAUAAAUUCCUCUGUUUUUCCCCUGUUUUUGCUCUGUUUUUUUUUACUACAACAACAAUAAAACUUGCACCAUGUCUCAAAAUCUUGAAGAUGUGAAUAGUUGGAGCUUUAUACAAAUCCUCAACAAUCCUUCUACUUAUCAUCAUCAAAUCGAUUAUAAAAAAGACGAUAACGACGUCUACAUUCAUCCCUCUACGAAGCUAUCUUCUCUCGUCAUGAGCACGAAAAGCUUGGAGAUGUGUACGGAGAGCUUAGGGAACGAGACGGGUUGUUAUUUCAACGAAAGCAUGGAGGAAAGGGAUAUUGCUCGUAGCGUUCAACGAUCAAAAUGUAGAGAAUUCAAGAAAAGAAUUAAAAGAACGAUGAAUUUCCCACCUCCGCUGACUUCAAUCAGCGGAAGUGAGAGGGUUAGAAUAAGAUCUCACCGUGAAGGUGGUCGUUUAGUGUUAAGAGUUGUAAGCAUAAAUGCUUGCAACUCUUAUUUCAAAGCUGAGCGUGCUAAUGGCACGCUCACGCUUUCGUGGCGAAAUAAUAAAGUUGCACAAAUGGAUGAAGAGGCAAAUAGUUGUAGACAAUUAACAAGUGAAAUUGGGAUACCAAGAAGGUGUAAAGAAAAAAGUGGAAGUAGAAUUAAAGGGAUUUCAAGUUGGGGCCAAUUUUGGGUGGCCAUUUUCUAAAAUAAUACUUAUAUUACAAUGGUGAUGUUCCAUUUAUUUUGCGUGUA